AUGUCUUUGAAAAAUGAAAGUGUCACGCUUGAUUUUGCCACGAAAACAGUGGGGAACUGGAAGGAGACUUAUCAAUGGAUACCAAUAUUCGGAGCUUUCGCAGCGAUUACGACGUCGUUUUUGGCCGGGGGAAACAAUCUUCCAGCCCCAUUUGCGACGCCGGUAGGAUCAGGGGCUUUGACCCUUUUGAAGGCGUUCAUAAUGGCGUGCGUAAUCUAUGUUCCUGGUGCGGCUUUUGCGAGCUACGGCUACGUCAACGACAUAUAUUAUAAUUUUCUUGAAGAACGUCAGCCAGAUGCAGGUUUCUUGAUGUGGAGUUUUGUAAUUGUUCUCGUAACUGCAGCAAUCUGGCUUGCUCUGGCAACGUACUUGGAGUUACCAGUUUCAUCUCAACAAUCAAUCCAAGGUGCUUUUUUAGGGACCAUACUUGUCACUGAAGGUUUCAGCUACAUACCCAUCUGGAAUAAGAAUGAAAACCACAAUUUUAAGGGUGGAGGACUUGUUUGGAUAGCGCUUGAAUGGACCGUGGCUCCAUUAGUUGCCUGCUUCUGCGCCUUCCUCCUAUUCAUCAUCCUGAAGACUUCGGUGCUUCGCCAUGAAAACGCCGAGAAAAGGAUCCUAGUCUUUCUCCCAAUUGACUAUGGAGCAUCUGCCGGGCUGCUUUGCUUCUUUCUCUUGUAUCAGGUCAUACCAAACAUAAACUUAUAUAGUUGGGCGGCUGCGGUGGCAGUCAUAGGGGCUACCGUCAUUGGAGCAGUACUAUCUUUGGUCAUUAUAGUUCCUUUGGCGACCAAAAAGUACAAUACAACCAAGAACUACAGGAGGAAAAGGGCUAACAUGUCUCAAAACAAUCCAUCUGCGGAGGGUGACCCUCAAGAACAAGCCUGCAAUAUUAAAGUGGAGAAUGCUAAUGAAGACCUUGAAAAUGCAUUGAAAGAUUUCAUGCAAAUGAGAGUCCUCGAAACCGUCUACGAGGAGGACGAGAAGAGCUGGCCUUCGCCGGACGCAGCACAACAUGAUUCCAGUCCUACUCAUGAUCCGUCACUUAUUGGUAAGUCUUCUACUGAGCAAACGGCUCCAUUCAAACAGCUGCUUCAGUCUACGCCAAAUCGCUUGGUUCAAGCAAGAAACUUUCAGAAGCUUAGCAAAAGCUCCACCACUGAGAAUGUGUCCGAGUUCAUUAGAGAUUUUGCAAAAUCUACCUGUUACCCUGCAAUUGAAUACGACAGACACACCCUAAUCCGCCACGCUCUGGCUGAGAAAUACGACGAAGUAGAAGACUUCUUCAGCUUCCCUCAGUUGCUAGCUUCAUGCAUGUUUGCGCUCAUUCAAUCUGCUAGCGAAAUAGCACCACUGCUGAGUUCAUAUGCAAAUAUCCAAUACAUAUUCUUCCACAGAGAAAGAUAUUCUAGAAGUGGAGAAGAUGGGGUGACGAAUGCGGCAGCUUGUUGGUUUAGGGCGAUAGGGGGAUUUAGUGCUGCGGUGGGAUUCUUUCUCUGUGGAUUUAGGUUGACUAAAUGCCUGGGAGGAAAGUUGACUUAUGUCAGCAACUCAAGAGGGUUGGCUUCACAACUGUCUACAGUAAUAGCAAUUAUUGUCGUCAGUAGGUUUAAGCUUCCCGUUUCAAGUGUUCAUGUCUUUGUUGGGUCUUUAGUUGGACUUGGAAUUGCAGAUGACCCUAAGAAUGUGAAUUGGAAGCUGCUAUUGAAGUUCGUAUGUGGGUGGGUGAUGACUCUGGUAUUCUGUUGUGGGGUUGCUUAUGUGAUGUUCUCUGCCUCCAUUCACUCCCCAGCUUAUGUAGUGCCCUGA